GUGAAAAAAGGAAUUAUGGAAAUUUUCGUAUAUCGCGGUGAAUGGGGUCUACCCUCCAUUGACUACGAGUGCUCCCGGUUACUGGCAUACCUGAAGUUUUCCGGCGCCAAAGUCACCGUAAAUUUCAACGGCAACCCGUUCAGCUCCCCAAAUGGCAUGUUGCCGUACAUGAUAGCGGAUGGUAAAAAGGUUGCUGGCUAUGGAAGAAUCGUUGAACAUUUGUCAGCUGCCGGUAUAGGCCCACCGGUAGGAGGAGGAACCAUUGAUGUGUCGGGCGAUCAAAAUCAUUCUACUCUCUUGAAUGGGUCCAUGCAGUACGUGCAGGAAAAUUUGCAUCCGUACUUUAUGUAUAUGCUUUGGGGCGAUCCAAAGAACGUAGACACCACACGGACCGUCUAUGCCAAGCGUAUUCCAAUUCCGUUCAAUUUCUACUGCCCUCGGAAGUAUACCGUACGGACUAACGAUAUCACGCAAUCGUUGGCCGGGUUUUCACUGGAAGAUUCGAUCGAAUUUCAUGAUGUCUCAGAGUUUGCUCAAAACGCAAAGAUGUGUCUGAAUUGGAUUGCAGAAAAGUUUGAAGAAAAUCGGUGGUUUCUUGGCAAUCAACCUACGGAAGUUGAUGCAAUGCUCUACGGUUAUCUUUCGGUGCUGCUUAAACAUACCCUUCCCAACAAUGUCCUUCAAAACCACAUCCGCCAGUGCCCAAAGCUAGUCCAAUUCGUCGAACGAACCUCGGCAACGUACUUUACAAAGGAGGCUUUUAACACAUACACCUCCACUGGAUCCACCGGAGGGCAGCAAAAAAACUCCUCAGGUAGUCCAAAUGACUCCAGUUCUACAUCUUCCUCCUCUCAAUCGACGAAUGAUCAGUCGCAAAAAAGCAAUGGUGGUCAGACGUUCCAUACCGGACAGCAGCAGGAUCCGGACGAUGGCCCAAAAGAACGCCGAAAACGUUACAUUUUGUCCGGGCUAGUGGCCAGCGUGGCAAUGGUGGGUUUUGCCUUGUUGAAUGGUAUUUUAACGUUGCCACAUGAUCGUAAUCAUGGUAAUUUUAUGCAGUAUGAUGAUGAUGAACCAGGCGAUUACGAUGAUGAAAAUUAGCAACAUUAGUUCUUAUUUACUGCCUAUGCUAUAUCCACGUUGGCUGCUUCGACACACUUGCUAGGAGGCAGAUUUGAAACUAGAACUGUUGCAGAAGAAAAUUAUUUAAAAAUCUGAGGAAUGUAUAGUGUUCAAUUUAAUAUGCUUCCUGGUGGACAAUAGUAACUAUGUCAGAGGUAACUUUACCAAAAUAGCAGUACACGUGGUGACGAAACUAAUGACGUGAUAAAGCUUUACGUUCGAUACGUUUAAACAGUUUUGUUUUAUUGUAUUGGCUUAUAAUUGUUAAAUAGUAUAUAAUAGUAUGCUUUAUCUAGUAGUUCGUCCCUGUCUUCUGAAUAAAUAAGCACACGCUCACAUAUGCUCCUAAAGCUCCAGCAUAU